AUGUUAUACGCUUACAAUGAUCGAAUAGGGAGACAAGAGUUAUGGAAGGAUUUGAAUGGGAUAGCAACAAAAGAAAGUUGGCUCUUGAUGGGAGACUUCAAUGAUAUUUUGGCUAAGGAUGAAAGAAUUGGGCAUAAGAUGUUAAAGCAACAAGGAGUUUUUUCACCAGGACUAACAAACAACAAGGGGAUGAUCGUAUCUACUCCAAAAUUGACAGUCAUGGCGAAUCAAUCUUGGUUAGACAAUCAUCCUAUUGUUGAAGCUAGUUUUCUAAAUGAAGGCCUCUUUGAUCAUACACCUGUUGUCCUAACUUUGUAUCCUCAAUGGCAUGGUGGGAAGAAGCCAUUUAAAUACUUCAGAAUGUGGAAAAAUCAUCCUGAGUUUGAUUCAAAACUUCAGGAAAUUUGGACACAAACAAAGCAUGGCUCGAAAAUGUACAUAUUGGCUGCCACUUUAAAAACAAAGCUAGAAUUAGAAAGUAUUCAAGAGCAACUCCAGCAGGAUCCUCUAAACCAUGGUUUACUAGCUACUAAACAGGAAGUGAGGGAUCGGUAUGUUCAAGUGCAGAGAAAUUACUCAUUGUUUCUGCAGCAGAAAUCAAAGUGUGCCUGGGUACAGAAUGGGGACUCAAAUAUUGCCUUAUUCUAUGCCAGUAUCAAGCAAAGAAUUCAACAGAAUCAGAUUUUUGUAAUAGAGCAACAUGAUGGAUCAAGAGUUCAUGAGCCUCAACAAAUUACAGAUGCUUUUGUGUCUUACUAUAAAACUCUACUGGGAACUAAACUAGAAGGAAGGAAGAAAGUAACAAGUAGAAUUGUAUGCAGAGGCCCUACUCUCACACAAAGCCAAGCGGAAAUGCUCACAAAGAAGUACAUUAGGGAGGAGAUGAAAGAAGCUGUGUUUGGAAUCCCUUGA